AUGGGCCGUGCUUCAGAGUCCCCACGGACAAUGGACAUUCUUUCGGUAGCCGAGAUACAACAGAUUUAUGGCUUCUGCUUUGACGCUACCAAUGCAACAGGCAAUGUUCCCUCGCUCUUACUGGAGGCGUUAGGUGAAUUAUUUACUCGUCUUGGCAUUGAGCCUCAUAUGACCGGAAGCCCUCCCUCGCGACGUGUGCAAAGAAUAUUAAGAUGGUACCACAUAGUGAGAGUCUUCUUUCUAAUUAUAAUCUCGACGAGCCUUUUCUUGCUUCAGUUGAAGGUUACAACUGCAUCAAAAUCUAUAGAAUCAUAUGACGUCAGUAAGCAGUCCUUGGGUUCCUCUGCUGUGCUGCGCAUAAUCUACUGGAUCCUAGCUCCUGUAUACUUUAUGGUGGACCGUUUAGGGUGUCUAGCUCACACACAACUCCUGUCAGCACAAGCAGGCAAGGCAGUUAGUGACCCAAAAUUUGCCACCACAUCACCAGUUUUGUUAAUCUACUGGCAACUGGUGGGAGAUACUCUACUCUCUGCUGUACAGAUAUUUGUGUCGGUGACUCCAGCUAUUCUCUAUCAAUUCCAAUUUGGCGUCUCCUUCCUCUUUCUGUUUCUGACUGGCAUCACAACAAUGAUGUAUACAAUUACUGCAUUAAGGGAAUCUACGCCCCUACAGCCUGCCUUUAGCUUCUGGAUCCGUAGCAUAAUACUUCAACGGAUGUUAACAAUACUGUUAUGCCUUGUUCACCGCCUUAAUAGAAUCAUUAUUGUUCAGCUUUUCAUUCCAAAGACCUUUUUGUUUGUUGUCCUGGCUAUCGCAAUCUAUCUUCUACCAUCUGCGGCUGUUUGCUUGGCCAGACAGAUCAUCGUGGAAAGAACUAAUUUGCGAUCACAUAGAGCAGACCUCACAUGGACAGAAAGUCUGACAGUGCUCAAGCAAUGCACUCUAUCACGUCAGGAGCUCCGGCAAAUACUCCACAGGUUCAUAAAUGGAACAUACAGUGCUGCAAUUGCAAUGUUAUCCAUUGCGGUACCACUCUAUCUGGUCACCUAUAGAGGCAACGAAGCUACCCGAGGAGCCCAGAACCCUGCUCAACUGAUUGUCUUAGGAGCAUAUCUGUAUGGAUUGAUAAUAUGCUCUUUACAGUUUCGCGCCCUUCUGUGCUUUCUGCGGGGAUCCCUGGAAUGGGACAAACGCAUUGAGCCGUAUCUAAUCUUCUAUCCUCUUGGAAUGCCACUUCUUUACCGGGCGCAUAUAGCGAAACCACACGGAUGUUACUUUGGCCUCAUAGUUCUUCUUGCAUCUGUUCACUGCUCACUUGUGAGGACGUUAUAUAAAGAGUUACGUAGGCUAUUUAAGUCAGGAUUACGUUCAUUAUGUUCACCCCUUUAG